UUAAUAUUUCAUUUAGAAACUAAAAAAGUUUUUUAUUUUAUUUUUUUAGUUUAAUUAAUAAUCAGUUAAUAGUUAGAUAUGUCGUCCAACAACAACAACAACACCAACAAAAAAAAGCUAACUUUCCUAUUCGUUCCGUGUCAGGGUAUGGGCCAUAUCAUGGCCUGUCACGGACUGGCCGAUAUGUUACGCCAUACGGGUGGCCAUCGGACAGUGUUUGCAUUGGAUAGGAAAUUCAAGGGUCGACUGGCCAAACAUGGCCACGAAGAAGCUAUUCUGCAGUCAAUAGGACCGGAACAACAUUCUUCUACAGAAGAAGAUUUGAUGGAAAUGUUUUUCGCCGGAUUAGGCGACAAAUGUCUGAAUAUGGAUCCGAUGGAUAUACUCGAAACAAUUGGUCCGAUGUUUGGCCAUAUGUUUGACGAUUAUCAACGUCUGGAAGUAGACUAUAGGGCAGUGUUGGACAGUGUCCGACCAGAUCUGAUAGUAUGCGAUACACAUAUCGGUUCGCCGGCUAUUAUGACCAGCGGUAGGCCAUGGAUUUUGUUGAACUCCGAGGGACCGCUAAAGUUGUAUAAUGAGUGCAAUUCACCCGAUCUAUUGCCGCCACCGUGGUCAGGUUACUCAGUUAACGACCAAAACAAAGACAAAUGGCUUGAAUUUCGCCGACAAAUCAAUCCGUCGUUUCCCGAACAGACUGAAUCGGAAUUUCACAAGAAAAUUGACGACUGGUUUUAUGGCCAAAGUGGCCAACAUAUUGCCGCCGAUGGACUGAAGCCAAAGUGCCGGCUACUGAAGAUUUAUAUGACACCCGACGAACUAGACUUUAAACAUGUGCCGGGAGUUAAGCCGCUAGACUCGAGUUGGAUGAGUGUCGACGGUUUUGUACGGACCACCGCUGAUGAAACAGUAGAACUGCCCGACUGGCUGGUGGCCAGACCGGGAAAGUUAAUACUACUUUCGCUGGGAUCGUUGGUCAGCGGCAAUCCCGGUCUAAUGCGUUUCAUAACCGAAACACUCGGCAACUCACCGAAUAAGUUUGUGGUCACUACGGGUAGACAACACGACAAGUAUACGUUGCCGGCAAAUAUGUGGGGACAACCGUUUCUACCGCAGACAGCAAUCCUGCCACUAGUCGACUGUGUGGUCACUCACGGCGGUAACAAUUCGACUACCGAAGCAUUUUAUUUCGGUAAACCCGUUCUAUUGAUACCCAUGUUUGCCGACCAGUUUGAUAAUGCACAGCGUGUUGUCGAUACGGGACUCGGCUAUAGAUUGAAUCGACCAGUCAGUGCCCAAUCAUUGUUAGAUAGUGUCCACCAGUUGGCCACCGAUACCGUACUCAGUGGUCGUAUGAAACAAAUUGGUGAACGAAUUCGCCAGAGUUUUGAUGGAAAAAGUCGGGCAAUUGUUGAACGCAUUGAACAGAUUGUUGCCGAUUAUGAAUUGAAAAAAUAA